AUGACCAUCUCUUCUCACCUGACAAAUAUCAACCAGUCGAAUUCGAGAUCCAAUCCGGAUAUAUCGUCUGUGUUCCCAGCAAAGACUUUGGAUUUCGAACAUAACCCCUUUGAACAAUCGUUUGCACAGAGUGAUGAUAACAUUACAAAGGUCAAUAGGUUGAGUAAUGAAGAUGUGUCCAAGGGGCUCGGUAAAUCUUUACCGAAACCUCAGAGUGAUACACAUCUAGAAAACAUGGCUAGGAAUAUCGACCAGCAAACUAUGUUAAAUUUCCCCCGUCACCAGGUAAAUGCAGUUAAAGUUGAUGAAACAAGAAACAACGACAACACUAGUGUCGUCUUCACAGAACCUUCAGGUUCUGCCCCUUCCAAAAACAUUGCCCUAUCAGGAGAGACCAAUUUAAGUAAGCAAAUGGAUGAUAAGAAUGUACUAAAACCGCCAGCAUCUACCGCCAAUGGUGGAUUUGUAGCUCCUGUUCUUUCGCCUGGUGGCUCUAAAAAGAUUGCACAAAAGUCCCUGCCUCCCUUACCAGGAAUAUUAUCUCCAGGGGGUAGCUCUUUGAUUGCUACCCCUGGAAUAUGGAAUUCACUUUUUCUUCAAACACCGGGAAUACCACAACAGUCAAACCAAGCUCAAAACUCAAACCAACAAACCCAACAGUCUCUUCCUCAAUAUAUCUAUAAUCUUCAACAACAAAGUACUCAAAACAACUCAUUCAAUCUAUCAAAUUUAGGAGCUUUAUCUCCAAGUACUAUAACAUUGGCGCAACAGCAGCAACAAAAUCAGUGUAAAGAAUACCCAAACGCUCAAAAAUCUUCAAGUAUCCAACAAAAUGGUAUUGCUACUCAACAGCAAGAUGCAAACACCACCCAGUCAAACCAACAACAAUACCAACCAAUGUCAUCGUCAAUGGGCCAGCAACUCAGCACCAACUCUUUACAGAAUGGAAUGAUGGAUUCAGCUCAAACUCAAAAUAAGGAGGCCAACAUAAUACCUGCGCAACAGCAACAACAAUUGUAUAAUUUUCUGCUUAAUGCCAAAUCAUCCGGAUUGACACCUAAUGAAUCAUCACUACGAACGGGUCUAACUCCUGGGCCUAGUAACAUGUUUCAUAGUUCUCUCUAUUCAUAUCUGGGAAUACCUUCUGGCUCUUUGACCCCAUCCACUGGGAUUUUCAAUAAUGGUAACACCCCUAACAAAAAACCAUUUUCAACCGGGCUGUCCGGAUUUAUACAUACCUUACCAGUACUGGAAUUGGCAAGUAACCAAUCACAAGAAACUCAUAUGAUGAAUGAACAAGUAGCCAAAGCUGUAAAACACAGCAGCGGUAUUUCGAAUUUACAAGGCCAACCGCAACUACAACCUCAACUUCAACAGCAGCCUCAACAACAACUUCAACAGCAACUACAGCAGCAGCCCCAGCAACAACUUGAGCAACAACUACAGCAGCAGCCCCAGCAACAACUUGAGCAACAACUACAACAACAGCCUCAACAACAGCCUCAACAACAGCCUCAACAACAACUCCCAGGAAAACAGCCCAACUUUAAUACCAGUGUUCAGCCUCCAGAAACAAAUCCCCAAUCAGUCGUGGAAGGCGGUUUAAGCGGUAAAAGCAGUCUAUCUUCUUCUGUGGCCAGCACCAGCACUACAAAUACAUCAGCGCUUUUCAGUAAACCUGAAACUACAUUUGGUAAAUCGCAAAUAUCUGUAAAUGUCCCCAAUUCAACAGGUGUUUCCAAAGGAUUACAACUGAAGACAGAAAGUCCUGUAAACUCAUUUUUCCCGACACUAGUUGAUGGUUCUGUAAAAAAGAGAAAAGAUAGUGACACUAAUCUAUCACCAAAGCAAAAGAGAACUAAAAAUAUGGCUACUUCCAGCCCUGGCACAACUUCUUCCGAGAAGAUUGAAAUAAAGGAGAAUAUCAGUUCCUCCUCACAAAAGGAUGUCGAGUUGCCACAAAACAAACCUAAACGGAGGAAGAACGUAUCCGCUGAGGAGAAAAGGAAAAAUUUCCUUGAAAGGAAUCGGGUUGCUGCUUCUAAAUGUAGACAGCGUAAGAAGGAAAUGAUAAAUAAUAUGAAGGCCGAUUUAGAUAAAUACAGAGCUGAAAAUGAAGCCUUACGUGAGCAAGUCGGAACACUACGUGAACACGCAUUGACUUUACGCACUAUUUUGUUUGCUCAUCGUGAUUGUUCCACUUUGGGUGAGCAAGUUGGAGGAAUCCAAAGCUUGAACACUGUAUUGAAUGCCACUAACUAUGUUGCACAAAUCCCUGAAGCGCACAAAGUACCGGAAAGUAUAAAUGCAGAUGACGUUUCACAAUUGCUGAAUGGCUCAAGUACCAACGUUCAGGCUGCUGUUGCCGCUGCUGUUGCACACACUACAAAUAAAGCCAUUGAGAGACAGGAUCGCCUCACCUAA